CACAGACGACUGACGGCAAUGGAGGCAAAAACUUGUUUAGUUAAGAAAAAGAUUUUAUUCGUCGGUGACUCAACGAAUCGAGGCAUGAUGUAUUAUCUUAUGCAGAAGAUAAACGGUUCUUUACAUCAGUGGGAAAAGACACAUUCMAUGAAGGUUUACAGCAGCGCGUUGAAUGACGAUCAAACGUCGGUCAGCUUUGCUUAUUUUCCGCAAUUUUGGUUGCCUUCUUACAGAAAGCCAGACUUCUUAAAAGCUCURCAUCAUCUUAUGGCAAAAUUCAUGCCGUUAUAUAACAGUACCGAUACCAUUCUUGUAGUGGGUGGAGUACAGUGGUUAAGGCCUAGCCACGUGACAGCUAUCAAAUCAACUCUCAUCAGUCUUGGACUAAGUGGAAUUAAAGUAAUUAUCAAGACCCUUGGCUCUGGAUUUCACCUGCCUGUUCCUGGUGUUGUUGAACUGGAUUCAGAAGGACAGAUGAAAGUCUCGCGCAGGAACGAGUUACUCAUAAAGACUUCUGUAGCUGCGGGUUUUGAGGUGAUUGACACUCACACUAUGACMAUUACCAGGUACAAGGAAUUCUUGACAGGAAAGUGUGGAUGCCAUUUYCAUAAAGUAGUUGAUCUGAAAUCACACUCAAAGGAAGUGGUCGAUAUCUUACGAGAUGAACAAAAGAAUGGGCACCCCAGAUAUCACGUGUUGGGAUCUAUAAAUAGCGCUUAUUCAGAUAUCAUGAUCAGUAGGAUGUGCAGCUGAUAUACCCACAUCGAGCAUGCGCCAUUCAUCUAUUCCAGCCAUGUCGCGCAAGUUUUGAAAUGUGUGGUSUCUAUGUUAGGAUUCAGCCACGACACUUACAGCAGAGUUAUCAACUCUGACUUAAAGUGCUAAUGCAACGAAAUUUUUCGCCUAAUUGUUUUCAAGAAUAAUAAAAUUCAUGAUUUUCUGGUUA